AUGGUCGCUGUAGAUGGAUCAGAAGCAUCUCACAAUGCUUAUGAAGUUGUAACUCAGAGCUUAUUCCAUUUCCCAGAAGACAUCUUGACAAUAGCUCACGUAUUCAAUAGAUCAAAAUCUUAUUUACCCUUUAACAUGCAUGCAGACACUAUCAGACAGACUUAUGAUUCAUUGAUUAUUGGAUAUGGAGCAAGAGCAAAGCUUCUUUGGGAAGAAAAUGACCCCUAAUAUACAACAAAAGAGCAUGUUCUUAAUCUUGCUAAAUCAAACAAUGUAGAUCUCUUAGUAGUAGGAAUGCAUGGAAGAAAAGGGCCUAAAGCAGACCCCACUGUACUAGGAUCUGCUGUUCAGCAUUUGUCAUUAAACACAUUCUGCCCUGUUUUGAUGCUUAAAGAUAAAACUAUUAGAUCAUAAAAACCAGGAGGGAAACUAAGAUGGGCAGUAUGUACUGAUGGCUCUGAAAAAUCAAUCAAAGCUUUUCACGUGCUUGCCAGAUUACUAGAUAAAAGCAAAGAUGAGGUCUUAGCCAUCACAGUUGCUAGCAAAGGCAUUGAUAUUCCUGCAAUUUAAUAAUUGAUAGAAGAACACUUCAAUUAAGAAGGCGUGAUCAAGAAAAACAACGAACAUGAUUUGGUACACGCAACUAUUGUUGACUUCUUGAUGAGCUAAGGAUCUGCUGAAAACUACAUUGAUUUUGUUGCUGUAGGUAACAAUGGUGCUGAUUUCUCAUCUCAUUCUGAUAAGAGAUACCUUGGAUCAGUAGCAAAUGGAAUAAUUAGAAAUAGCAAUCUCAAUGUAUUGUUCAUUGCCUGA